GGAAGGAGGUAGAAGAGGAAGAGGAGGAGGCAGUACCUCCAACUCCUCAUGUGCAAAAAUCAAGUCCAUCCAAUCAGCUGAAGUGCCUCUUUCCCUCUCUCCUGACAGACCAUUUAACAGGGAGGCAAUCAGUAGAAUGUGUCCAACUCCAGGCACUACCCAAUUUUAUCAGGCAAAGAAGGAGGAAGACCUGGAUGCCAUGCCAACUCCAGAUACCCCUUAUGGUCUCACUUGGUAUUCUGAUCCCCCACCAAGGGUCAGGAAAUGCAUCAAAAAGCUCAUUGAUUCCUUACCAGAUCCUUCUCUAGGACUGUCUAAACCUAUCAGAAAGUCCCCAACCAGAGAGCUAUUAAGUGGAUUUUUUGAUGACUUAGACAAAUAUACUAGAAAACAUCAACAGCUUUUAGAAGUUCUUGACCAUAGGGUAAAGAGGAAGGAAAGAAAUUCUGCUAAAUCUAAAGAAGAGAGAAACAAUCUCUCUCCAUAAGCAAGGAUACAGAUUUAGGAGAUGAAAAAGUGGCUAAAUAUCAUGGCAUGCAGGGAGAAUGGGAAGACAAGGAGGAGGAUAAUGCUGUAGAAAUCAGAGCAGAUGAAAGACUUUCCAAUCAACUGGAGGAGAUUGCCCAGGCCUGCCUUGUAGAGAGAAGUGGAGGAAUUGCAGGGAGGAAUAAGAUGCCACUGGGAGAGUUCCAAAGACCCACCACACCCUCCAAAAUGCACCACAUCGACUUGGAGUCACAACCCAGUGAGGAAGUGGAGUCCCUAGCAACUCAGAUAACCUGGAAUGACCCUGAUGAACAUCUGGCUAGACUCAGCCUUCAUGACAACAUGCAAAAGAAAAUUGAAGAAUACUCUGCUCCAGUUCAAAAGGAAAAUGAACCCAACAGCACCUUCAUUGAUGAUAACAGCAAUAAGGAGAAUAUGCCAUUAGCACCAUGGCAAAGCAAGCUGCCACCUCCAGUAUCUAAUGAUAAAACUAAAGAGAGAAACAGCUGCAUAACUUUAACAGAAGAUCCACAGCAGCCAGUCUUCCUGCUAGUUGGUAUGGUUGCAGAGGAAGUGGAGAAUUACACUGAAAUAGUGGCACAAUUGGGUGGGGCAGUAAGUCUUAGCCAGACUUUAGAGGCCCAUGUUACCCAUGUAGUUGCAAAGAUGUUGGCACGCUCUGAGAGAACCCUUAUGUCAAUUGCCUCUGGAAGGUGGGUAUUGACAACUUCCUACCUCGACCACUCUCUCAAGGCUGGACAUUUCUUGAAGGAAGAGCUAUUUGCUUGGGGUAACCAAUCAAACAAACACCAUCCAAAGCUUGAUGCUGAAAGCAUGCCAGCCAAACUUGCUAAAGCAGCCUGGCGGUGGAAGUGUGCCAUCAGUGGAGUGGGUGAUAAUCAAGAGAAACAGUGGAGGCAGAAGAAACAACCUUUUCAGAACAUGACAGCUCUCAUCCAUUCACCAAAGGCCAAGUCUUUAUCUCGUCUGAUUGAAGCUGGUGGGGGACAGGUGGUCUCUGCAAGGCCUCCAUAUUCUGAAGUGGAAGCUGUCACACACUUCUUUGUUGAGAUGGAAAAACCUAAUGAGAAAAUUGACCUGGCCAGUUUUGCCUCCAGAGGCAUUCCUUGCCUUGAACCCAGGUUCAUUAGCAGCUGCAUAAUGGAUGAUGCUCCUGAGAUUGGCGACUUCUAUAUCCCUGCAUAUAAGGAAAUUCUUAUCAACAUGAGUUCCUGCAUACCAAGUCCUCUCAAGCGUGGCCAACGGAACUGAAUCCUUGGAACACUUGGAUGCACCAAAAGUCUGUUGUUGAACAAAGAGAGUGGCAUGUAAAAUACAUAUAUGAAUGACAAAAAAUGCUUACACAUUUCACAAUGAAUAUUUGCUAAGAUACUUCUUUAUGCUGUUUC